UGUUUCUUCUGCUAAAAUGUGUUUUUCUUCAGCGGAUUUAGCAGCAGCUUAGCUGUCAUACUUUUGGGAAGGUUCUUGGUUGGGACUGGCAUGGGUCUUGGCCCACCUUUGGCAGCAAUCUAUGUGACAGAGGUAUAUAAAACGCAGGAGUCCGAAGCACUGAUUAUGGUAUAUAAACCAAAGUUCUUAUUCCACUAAAAGUUUGGAGCCGCGUGAUUGAAGCAAAAUUUUCAAAUUUUGAGUAGGUAUGAACAGAUUUUGUUAGGGGAACAUAUGGAAGCUUCAUACAGAUAGCUACAUGUUUGGGACUGAUAGGAGCCCCGUUUAUAGGGAUCACUAUUUUGUGUGCUUUCGCUUAUUAUCUAUUGUUUUAUGAAUAGUUUCGAGACAUUGAUUGGUAAAGCAUUAGCAUAAACAUUAUGUUUUAUAUUACUCAAUCAACCAUUAAAAAAAUAUUUAGAAAAGCAUUUAAAAAAUAAAAUAUAGAUUUUUAAAAAUAUUUUUUAAUUAAAAUAUAUUUAAUUUUUUAAAAAAUAAUAACAUUUCAGAUUUAAAUAUAAUCUAUUUUAUGUAAUUAUAUUCAUUAUUUUUUAUAACAAAACAAUAAUAAUAUAAAUAUAAAUAUAUAUAUAUAUAUACUAUUUAGAAAUAAAUAAAUUAUAUAUUAUAUAUUAAUUUUAUAUAUGAAUCAUUUACUGUUGUACCAAUCAUAUUAUUAAAUAUAUAAAUGAUGCAGUUUAUUGCUUCUAUAGCAUACUGAUUCUUUUUUAUUAUUGGCUCUACCAAUUAAGGUUCGAGUCUUCAGUAUUGUUUCAUUUAAACCAUUUUUCUAAAGUGUUUCAUUAAACUAGCUAAAGAUCAUUCUAAUAUCCACCAAAAUCUGUCCAAAAUUCCCAUAAAAAGUAAAUCUUAAAUUCUAAUCUUAAAACUAAACCUUAAAUUCAACUCAAAUAUAUCAGUAUCAGUUAAAAAAUGAAACGGUAAAAACUCAUCUCGAACCUAAAUUCUUGACAAUCUUUAAAAAAUCAUAUAAUUAAUAAUUCUGUAAUUCCUCAAGUAUUUAAAUAUUCAACUUAUACUUUAAUUUCAUUUUUGAAGAAAAUGAUCAAAUUUACCCCUUUAAACAUCGUAUUUCUGGUUACUUUUAAAAUUGUUAUAUUUUUCUUAAGCAUAAUAUUUUUGUUGUUUUGCAUUACGUAGUUGUGUUUUGCCCACUUAGAUAAGAACAGCCCUUGAUUAAUGGCUAGAGACGUGAAAAUGAACAUUUGAAAACGACAAAUCCUUUCAGUCUUUAUGAGAUCGUACUGGGGAAACAACUCGGGUCACAUUAAAGCCCCUUUUUCUUUUGACAAAACCCUAAAAAGGGGAAUAUGUUUAUGUUUUUUUUUUUGGUCAAAAAAAUAUGUUUAUGUUUAUGUUAUUUACACAGUACAGAUCAAAACGAGCACCCUAAAUAAAGAUCUUCCUUCAUAAGAUUUUUUUUGACCCAGAAUAAAAGAGUUAAAACUUUAUUUCAUGGCAAGUAGGAAUAAUUAGUAACCAUUUAUAUAAAAAAUGAAUAUAUCUGGACAAAAGAACAGCAGAUUUUUUUUAAAAAAAAAAGAGAAAAAAAAGAAGAAGAAAAGCAGAUCUUAUAUGAGACCGGGACAAGAAAAGAACUGUACAUUCAUCUUUGAAUCAUGACUCUUAAAAGCCUGGUCUUUAUCAUCGAAAUAGAAUCUCUUCACAGGUCGUUUUCUGUGGUUAUUUCUGGACCAUUAGAUAUUGCAUUGCCAAGACUUCACAUGAAGCUCCUUAAGCUCAGUGAUGUCUUCUUCCAACAAUGGUUACAAUAAUGGUAGUAACAACGGAGUGUACCCUCUCUCUCUUUACCUUCCUUCACUCUCCGGUCAGCAAGACAUCAUCCGUAAUCCCUACAAUCAUCAGUUAACAGCAUCACCGGGCCAAAUGUUAUCAGCAGUGCCUGAGUCCCUGAUGGAUUACAUGGCGUUUAACUCAAACAAUGUUAUGAAUCAGCAAGGUUUUGAGAUUCCUGAGGUGUCGAGAGAAAUCAAGAAGGCUGUGAAAAAAGAUAGGCAUAGCAAGAUUCACACGGCACAAGGUCUUAGAGACAGGAGGGUAAGGCUUUCUAUUGAAAUUUCUCGCCAAUUCUUCGAUCUCCAGGAUAUGUUGGGGUUUGAUAAAGCCAGUAAAACAUUAGACUGGCUACUCAAGAAAUCAAGAAGAGCCAUCAAAGAGCUUGUCCAAGAAAAAAAGCUCAACAACAAUGUUGAAGAUUUUGGAAACGAUGGAGGUAAUGUAGUACAUGAAGAGGAUAAUGUUGGCGAUAAUAGCUUUGUGUAUGGUUCGAGCCCCUAUUCCUUCGAAGAAGAAGUGCUAUGUGAGGUCAAGAAGGCAGAGAAAAGAAAGAAGAAGACUGAAAUGAGCAACAUUUCUUCAAAGGGGUCAAGAGCCAAAGCAAAAGGAAAGGCUAAGGGGAUAACAAUAGACAUGACCAAUGAUCAUCCAGAAACCGCCUCUGAGAUCAUACAAACUGAAAUAAUGGACCCAUUCAAAAGGUCUAUUAUCUUCAAUGAAGGAGAAGAAAUGACGCAUUCUUUCUACAAGGAAUCAAUCCAAGAGUCUGAUAAUCAUGAAUGCAUUACCAAGAAGAAGGUCAAUCUUCCCAUGAAUAUGGAUCAAGGUUAUAAUCAGCAUUAUGGGGCGUUAAUGUUGAAAGAUCAGGGUUCUAGCAGCAACUACAAUGCCAUUCUGCCUCAAAACUUUGAUUGUGACUACAAUCCAAACCCUUUUAUUGAUCAACUCUUUUGUGGAGUCACCAACACAAAUUUCUUCAGAGGGUUCCCAUAAAUCCUGAUAAUUUCGGAGAACUAUGCAUCAAAUUCAAACAUGUAAGGCAAAUAGUCCUUUAUCCCCCUUGAAUAUAAAUUAAAUCUUUGGUUGUCUGUGUUCUUCUGAACAUCUUAUCUGAUCUUAUAUGUCAUUGAUCAUCAAGAUUUAUUUUCUAAGGUACUAUUUGUCUACCUUAAUAUAUUUUAGCUACAGUUUUCAAGUGGUAUGUAACCUUUACAGUAUUUCAAUUUAAAGACGAAGCAGCAAAUUAUAUAAAUUUAAUGAAACCCAAUCCAUUCCAAGAUCCAUAUAUAAUUUUGAUUAGGUACUACACACAAAAUUGUUUUAAGACUAAGUAAUUUACAAUUUAACGUUCCGUAUAUAAAGCUCUACAUUAAUUAGUUCCUUAAGCCCUAAUUUCCAUUAGGACCUAUUACAGUAUGCAUGAUGAUGACUGUUGAUGCUCACAUAUACAAGACUGUAUCCACACACAAACAUGUAAUGCUUGACUAAGUUAACAUGCGCAAAUUGAAAUGAAACUGAGCACUAGUGUGUAAACUGGAAGCGUGCCAUCGAAAUAUGCUUAGGAAUGCAGGAUAGAUCUUAGUGUUAAUAUUAUUGUCUACUGAUGUAUAUCUAUUAUCUUGCUCAGAUAAUGAUAUUUUCAAUGAUGCAUAUGAUUUUGCCUUUUGAAGGCAUACAUUAAUUGAGUUUAUUGGCUUUUAAAGUUCGGUUUUGGACAAGAGGAUUGCUAACUCCUACGUUUUUGAAUACGAUAUGAAGUGAUCUGCUCAAGUCCCUCUCUUUUGUCUACAAUCUAUAAGUUCCUUAGUGCUUCAAAAUUAUUGUAAACAUUCACAACUUCCAGAUAUCCAUUUCAAUUUAUAAUGCAAUUUAGAAUCUAGUCGGAAAUUGCAAACGCCAUAUAUCCUAUAAUACUAUAUAUCUGGAACCAUAUUACCUCAUUUGAAAAGCUAAUGGAAAUUUAUUAGCGAUAUACUGUAUUGCCACGGUAUUAUAUAAGACCAAAUCUGAAAAUGUGAGUGAGACGGCAAAAAUCAAGAUAUAUGGUUUCAAAGAAAAAUGAUUUAAUAGUGUUUCAAAAGAAAUGUUCAAAAGAAUGCUGCAAAAUUUGAAUAAGUUUUUCUCAUUACUGUAAAUUUAUUAAUUCUAAUAAUUAGCUUUGCAAAUAAAACAUAUACAUGUGUGUGUAGUGUAUAAAUAAUUUGGGAGCAAAUAUAUGCUAAAAAUGGCAUGUCUUUCGAAAAAUCCCAACAGGUAUGAAGCAUUAUAAUUUUGGCUUAGUCAGUCUCUUCGAAAUUAUUUUCGAAACUAGCUAAUUACACCAUUUAUAUGCAUGAUGGACCAUAACUUGAAAAGAACAAUAGAAAGUUUAAACUCUUUCAAAAAGAAAUUCACCGUUAUCUAAAAUUAAUCAGUCACUACUACGAAGCUCAUGGAAAAUGUUUAACCUAAGAACUAGAUAAAAACUGAGUAUAUAUAUAUUUGAUGACUCACGUAUGAUUGUUUCUUACAUAUAUAAACGAGUCAAUCUUAAAGCUUCGUGCGUUGAUUUAGAUAAAAUUACUAAACAAUUCUUGUAACGAACUAAAGACAGAAAGAAAUACCCUGUAUAUACAAAGACAAAAGUAAUGCAGCUGAGAGAUAAAGAGAGGGAGACCUUUAAAACUGUUCCUCGUUGCUUCAAAACAGAAUAGCACUCCAAAGCAGAGAAUACAACCUUGUUAUGUUUGAAGAAUAUAGAGUUCAAGAAUAUAUAAGCAGUCAAAAGAACUUUAGUAAAUAUAAGAGAGAAUUAAAGCUAGAAAGGAGAAAUUAUUUAAUUUUUGUUGCUUUUUUUUUUGCUUCAAACUUCAUCUUCAUAGCAUGACAGACUAAUAUCUAGACUUGGCUAGCUGGAUUAGUUAAGUUACCUACGAAUAAUCAACAAUAUUUAAUUAACAAAUGGCUGAAAACUGAUUAUCUCAAAAGAUGUUGUUGAAAGGCGGAAGUAACUUUAUUAUAUAAAAUUUCACAUGUCAGAUCAUCCUAUGAAAUAAACUCGCAGAAUAGCUGAUUAUAAUAUUCACAUAAUAUCUUUCCUACAUGUCUUUGUGGUACUAUUUAAUAAAAAAAAAUUUAUUAGUCUGAUCUUGAGUGGACACCCACUGCGUCCAAUCUUUAAAGGAUAUCUUUGCUAGAGAUGAUAAAUUAACAGUUUAAUUACAGAAAUUUUAUAGAAAAGUAUAUCUACAUCACAUUCCAACUUCAUCUAUUUCUAAAAAAAGGUGUUAAUUAAUACAUUUAUUAGUCUUAGACAUAUAUAAUGAAAAAUAUAAAAUCCAUGAAAAAAAUUGCUUCUUGAUAUAGCAUAAAAAUAGAAAAAUUAUUGAACCAAAAUUUUCUUUUGUUUGUGUGAAGAUCCUUUGACAAAUUUAUAACAAUAUACAUAUCUGUGUGUGAAAAAAAGAAAAAGAAAAAGAAAACGAGUGAAGUUUAACGUAAGUCAAUCUAAAUGGGCCACAUUAGAAUCUAAAUGGGCCUAGAGUCUGGCUUAAUCAUGAAAGAGGCCCAUUACGCGUACGUUGCUUGCCCAAAAAGUCGCAGAGGAAGCUAUAGAAGAAAAGAAAGCAGAGGUGGUGAAAGGAAGGUAGGCAAAAGAAAAAUGGAGUCAGCGAAGAAGAUAGCUCAUGAGAUCGGUGGUGUGAAGAGAGACGCUCUUCGGUUUGGUCUCAACGGCGUUAAGAGCGACAUCGUCGGAUCUCACCCACUCGAAUCCUCUUACGAAUCCGGAAAGAGAUCGCACGAGGCGAUGAAGAGGACUAUCAUUGGGCAUACCUAUGGGACUGCACUUCCACUGAAGAUGGAUAUGGACAGGCAAAUCCUCUCACGGUUUCAGAGACCUUCUGGUCCAAUUCCUUCGUCAAUGCUCGGUUUAGAAGUCUACACAGGAGCCAUUGAUGACUUUGGUUUUGAGGAUUACUUGAAUGAUCCGCGUGACUCGGAGACAUUCAAGCCUGUAGACUUGCACCACGGUGUGGAAGUUCGUCUUGGUAUGUCUAAGGGCCCGGUUGCCCCCAGUUUCAUGUAAGGGGGGUGGGGGGGGGGGGGGGAGGUUUUAUUGGAUGUUAUGUCUUUUAGCUUUUGAAUGAUGAAUCAAGUGAGAUCGUUUUGUAAACUUAUUUUGACUAAUCAAUAUGACCAAUCGAUUAUAGUA